UGACUCAUGAGUGCGGUUGCCCUGCGGAAUCCACUCCUCUUGAGCAUAUCUGUGUGUUUCAGUUUCCUCUGAGGGGCUCCCUGUCUCUCCUCGGAAUAUGAUUUGUUUCUUUUAAUAAGUUUGGAGUUUAUCAAAAAUGCUGCGGGUCAUUGUUGAGUCCGCUAGUGGGAUCCCCAAGAAGACAUUUGGAAACCCAGAUCCUAUAGCUGCGGUUGUCUUCAGAGAUGAAAAGAAGAAGACCAAAACAGUUAACAAUGAAUUGAAUCCUGUAUGGAACGAAGUGCUUGAAUUUGAUCUAAAAGACUCUUCCUUGGAUGCAUCAUCAUUCAUCAACGUGGUUGUCAAAGACUAUGAAACAAUCGGCAAAGACAAGUUAAUUGGAUCUGCAACCAUCUCUCUGAGAGACUUGGCCAGCGGUCACUUGAUGUCCCUCCCAUCCAAGAACGUGCCGUUGAUCAAUGAGAAACAACAGGCUGUUGGGGCAACAAUCAAUUUGCUGAUUAGGUAUGAGCCGCCUGCCAACGCUAUGCCAAACCUAAAUGACCGACCCGAUGUAGACACGUCUCAGGUGGAUGGUGGAGGAGGUGAUGAGGGUGAUGAGGGGGAGUCAGACGUGGAGGGGGGAGGUCAAAGUGGAAGCCCAGGAGCCCCCACCUCACCAAGCCAGCCUGGGAAACCCAGCCACAAGCCACAGCGUCUGAGCCGUAAGAGGCAUCGGGCCCUGGCCAACAAGCCUCAGGACUUCCAGAUUCGUAUUCGGGUUAUCGAGGGUCGACAGCUGCCUGGCAACAACAUCAAACCAGUGGUUAAGGUGAAUGUCUGUGGACAGACACACAGGACCAGAAUAAGGAGAGGAAAUAACCCGUUUUUCGACGAGAAGUUUUUCUACAAUGUUAACAUGCUUCCCUCAGAAUUGUUUGACGAAAGCAUCAGUCUUCGGGUUUAUGACUCCUACUCCCUCAGAUCUGACAGUCUAGUGGGAGAAUUCAAGUUGGAUGUCGGCUAUGUCUACGAUGAAUCAGGUCAUGCCAUAAUGAGGAAAUGGCUCCUGCUGGGUGAUGCUGAUGACUCAAGUUUAGGGGCCAGAGGUUACCUGAAAGUCAGCAUAAUUGUUGUGAGCACUGGAGAUGAGCCACCAACUGAGAAGAGAGACAUAACUGAGAAUGAGGACGACAUAGAAAGUAAUCUCUUGGUGCCUGCCGGUGUCACAAUGCGUUGGGCCACACUCAGCCUCAAGGUGUACCGAGCCGAGGAUAUGCCACAGAUGGAUGAUGCCUUCAUCCAGACAAUUAAACAGGUCUUUGGAGGGGAUGGAGAACCAAAGAACUUGGUGGAUCCAUUUUUGGAAGUCAGCUUUGCUGGCAAGAAGCUGUGCACCAAAAUCAUCGAGAAAAAUGCUAAUCCGCAGUGGAAUCAACUCAUCAAUCUCCAAGUCAAGUUCCCGUCCAUGUGUGAACGCGUCAAGCUGACUAUGUUUGACUGGGAUCGUCUCACAAACAAUGACGCCAUAGGAACAACGUUUUUAAACCUAAGCCAAAUGUCUUCCUCUGGUGGAGAGGUCGAAGUGAGCACCGCAGCAUCAGAGUUUGGAUUUCUUCCAGCUUUUGGGCCGUGCUAUGUCAACCUGUACGGAAGUCCGAGAGAAUUUACUGGCCUGCCCGACCAAUAUGACGAACUCAACUUUGGAAAGGGUGAGGGGGUCGCCUACAGAGGGAGGGUCCUUGUUGAGCUGUCCACUCAGCUGGAUGGAAAGGUUGAUAAGAAUGUGGAUGACAUCUCCAGUGAUGACAUCCUGGUGUCACAGAAAUACCAGCGGAGGAGGAAGUUCUCCCUGUGCGCUGUGUUUCACAGUGCAUGCAUGCUUCAAGUGCCGGGCGAGCCUAUCCAGUUUGAGGUCAGCAUUGGUAACUAUGGUAACAAGCUGGACUCCACCUGCAAGCCCCUGUCAUCGACCACCCAGUACAGCUACGCUGUGUUUGAUGGUAAUCACUACUAUUACCUGCCCUGGGCUGACACUAAGCCUGUUGUGAUUCUCACUUCAUUCUGGGAGGACGUCAGUCACCGUCUGGACUCUGCCAAUUUACUCCUCUUCAUCGCUGAGAGACUGGAGUCCCACCUUACCUCUUUAAAAACAGCCAUCUUAGCCAAAGAGUCUGAAACACGUCUGGCAGAGAUUUGUCUCAAACUCAUCAACCAUAUGAUUGAGGAUCUGAACAGUUUCCAGCUCCCAGUGCUGGAGGGCCAGCCCAAUGUGACUGUACUGGAUCUCCAGUUGAAAAAGCUGCGAGACGCUGCUGUGGACGCCAUCAGAGAGAUGGCCAAUCGCAUGAGAGGGGAGGCCACGAAUGUCAAGGACACUGUUGGUGACAUCGAGGACUGGUUGGAAAAAAUCAAGCAGCUGGCAGAGGAGCCUCAGAACAGCAUGCCUGAUGUGAUCAUCUGGAUGUUAAGAGGAGAGAAGCGAGUGGCUUUUGCUCGAGUCCCAGCAAACCAGAUCCUGUACUCUGACUUUAGUGAACAGGCGCGUGGCAAGCACUGUGGACGGACUCAGACCAUUUUCAUGCAGUACCCCAUGGACAAAAACAAAGGGGAGAAGGUCCCUGUUCAGCUACGGGUUAACAUGUGGCUCGGCCUCUCUGCUCAUGAGAAGAAGUUCAACAGCUUCUCAGAGGGAAACUUCAGCGUCUAUGCUGAAAUGUAUGAGAACCAAGCCCAUGUUUUAGGGAAGUGGGGAACUACCGGUCUGGUUGGUCGCCAUAAGUUCUCAGAUGUGACUGGAAAGGUGAAACUCAAACGAGAACGCUUUCUGCCCCCCCGUGGAUGGGAAUGGGAGGAGGACUGGUUUGUUGACCCUGAGCGAUGCCUGUUGACAGAAGCAGACGCUGGACACACAGAGUUCACAGAUGAGGUUUUUCAGAACGAAACACGUUUCCCUGGUGGAGAUUGGAAGCCCGCUGCAGAGCCCUACACAGACGUGAAUGGAGAAAAGGUUCAAAGCCCAGCAGAGUUUGAGUGUCCACCUGGAUGGAAAUGGGAGGAUGACUGGAGCUUUGACAGCAACAAGGCUGUGGAUGAGAGAGGGUGGGAAUACGGUGUUACUAUUCCUCCCAAUGACAAGCCCAAAUCCUGGGUCGCAGCUGAGAAGAUGUAUCAUAUCCAUCGCAGGAAGAGACUCAUAAGACCACGGAAGAAGACAUCUGAUAAAAAGGCUGUUUCUGAGAGGCGAGACCCAGGAGAAGGCUGGGAAUACUCUUCCCUGAUUGGCUGGAAGUUCCACAGGAAGGAGCGCUCCUCUGACACAUUUCGCCGCCGCCGCUGGAGAAGAAAGAUGGUUCCCUCAGACUGCAUCGGGUCCUCUGCCAUCUUCAGGCUGGAAGGGGCAUUAGGUGUUGAUGUCGACGAGAAGGCCAGUAAAACGGAUGCAGCAAAACUAUUUGGUGCCAACACACCCACUGUUUCCUGCCACUUUAGCCAGUCUUACCUCUACCAUCUGAGAGUGUACGUGUACCAGGCGAGGAAUCUCUGUGCCAUGGACAAUGACAGCUUCUCGGAUCCCUAUGCACAUGUGUCAUUCCUCCAUGUGAGUAAGACCACAGAAGUCAUAAGGUCCACCCUGAACCCCACAUGGGACCAGACUCUCAUCUUUGAGGACAUUGAGAUCUACGGAGACCCACAAACUAUUGCCCGCAACCCUCCUGAUGUGGUGCUGGAGCUGUGUGACAGGGAUCAAGUAGGUAAAGAUGAACCCAUGGGUCGCUGUAGGUGCCCCCCUGUGGUGAAGCUGAACCCCAGUGUGGCUGUCAGCCCUAAGCUGCUGUGGUUCCCGGUCAACAAAAAAGGUCGCAAUGCCGGAGAGAUACUGGUGGCUGCAGAGCUCAUACUGAAGAACAAGGGGAAUGACGGAGAAAUGCCUCUGCUACCUCCUCGCCGGGGGGAGAUGCUCUACAUGGUUCCCCAGGGAAUCAGGCCUGUAGUGCAGCUCACUGCGAUCGAGGUCUUGACUUGGGGCUUGAGGAACAUGAUGACCUACCAGUUGGCCACAGUCACCUCUCCCAGUUUGAUAGUUGAGUGUGGUGGAGAGAUUGUGCAAACCGCUGUAAUCAAGAACUUCAAAAAGAACCCCAACUUCCCCGGAUCCGUGCUGCUCCUCAAAGUGCUUCUUCCCAAAGAGGAGAUGUACACCCCUCCCAUCGUGCUGAAGGUAAUCGACCACCGGCCUUUUGGCAGGAAACCGGUAGUGGGUCAGUGCACCAUCGACUGCCUGGAGCAGUUCCGCUGUGAUCCAUAUCGCAUUAACAGUGAAGUCUGCAUGUCUGCUAGAGUGGCUAUGAUAGCUGCUGCCCAGGGAGAUGUUGUCAUAGAAAUUGAUGAGAGACCUAUCGUCAAAGCCGAGCUUCAUGCAGAAAUGGACAAGGAAGCAGUAGACUGGUGGAGUAAGUUCUUUGCCUCUAUUGGAGAGAAGGAGAAGUGUGCGCCUUACCUGAAAAAGGGAUACGACAAAUUACAGGUCUUUAACAGUGAGCUUGAAGAGGUUCAACAGUUCCAGGGACUCACUGAUUUCUGCAGCACUUUCAAACUUCAGCGAGGAAAGACCGAGGAUGAGGAAGAUGACCCCUCUGUGGUGGGAGAGUUCAAGGGCUCAUUCAAGAUUUACCCUCUGUCGGAUGACCCAGGGGUGCCAGCUCCACCCCGCCAGUUCAAAGAGCUUCCUGAGAGCGGACCGCAGGGCUGCCUUGUUAGAAUUUAUGUGGUGCGCUGUCUUGACCUGCAGCCUAAGGACACAAAUGGCUUGUGUGACCCAUACAUUAAGCUAUCACUGGGAGGGAAAACACUAGAUGACAGAGAUCACUACAAACCAAACACCCUUCACCCAGAGUUUGGGAGGAUGUUUGAGAUGUCCUGCUUCAUGCCUCAAGACAAGGACCUGAAGAUUGCUGUGUAUGACCAUGACUUACUGAGCAGAGAUGAAAAAGUGGGUGAGACGGUCAUCGAUCUGGAGAACAGACUCCUGUCUCGUUUCAGGCCCUGCUGUGGCCUGCCUCAGACCUACUGUGUCUCAGGGAUCAAUCAGUGGAGAGACCAGCUGAAGCCGUCGCAGAUCCUGCAGAACGUGGCCAGAGUGAGAGGCGUCCCUCCUCCACGCAUCGAGGGAGAUGGAAGCUCGCUCUCUUUCUCAGGAAAAGAAUACCACCUGCACGAUUUCGAGGCAAACACUGCGAUCCAUCCACAUUUAGGCCCAGCCAGAGAGAGGCUGGCCCUGCAUGUACUCAGAGCCCAGGGCUUGGCACCGGAGCACGUGGAGACCAGAACCCUGUACAGCUCCUACCAACCUAACCUGUCUCAGGGACAGAUUCAAAUGUGGGUGGACAUUUUCCCCAAGAGCCUUGGUUUGCCAGGUCCCCCAUGUGAUAUCACUCCACGCAAAGCCAAGAAGUACAUGUUGCGAGCCAUCAUUUGGAACACAACAGAUGUUACUCUGGACGAAACAAGCAUAACUGGAGAUAAAAUGAGUGACAUCUACGUUAAAGGAUGGAUGCUGGGUAUGGAAGACAACAAGCAGAAGACUGAUGUACACUACAGAUCUCUGGAUGGGGAUGGAAAUUUCAACUGGAGGUAUAUCUUUGAGUUUGACUACCUGCCUGCAGAACAGCUGUGCGUGGUCUCGAAGAAAGAACACUUUUGGAAUCUGGACAAAACUGAAUUUAGGAUUCCUCCUAAAUUGAUCGUCCAGAUAUGGGACAAUGACAAAUUCUCCAUGGAUGACUACUUAGGUUCACUUGAACUGGAUCUACUUAAUCUGAUCUCUCCUGCUAAGAGCCCAGAAAAGUGCAGCCUGAAGAUGUUGCCUGGUAUGGCAGGCUCAGUCUCCACGAAAAAAAACCUGCCCAACUCACUCUUCUCCCAGAAGUCUGUACGAGGCUGGUGGCCAUGUGCUAUCGAGCAGGAUGGGAAACAUGUGCUUGGUGGGAAGGUAGAGAUGACACUGGAAAUAGUGGAGGGGAAGGAGAUGGAGGAGAGACCUGCUGGGAAAGGCCGAGAUGAACCAAACAUGAGUCCCAAACUGGAUCCACCCAACCGGCCUGACACGUCAUUCUUCUGGUUUAUAAACCCUUGCAAGACCAUGAAGUUCAUCAUUUGGCGCAGAUUCAAAUGUAUUUUCAUUGCAGCGAUUCUUCUUCUGCUGGUUUUGUUGUUCCUUGGGAUCCUGUUAUACUCCCUUCCUAACUACAUCUCAAUGAAGAUCGUGAAGCCUUUCGCCUAAGGAGCACUGCAGAGAAGCUGUCUGUCUCGCUGCUGCAGAAACCACAGUCCUAUUUACUGUCACUGACCCUCAGAAAUAUGCACUUACGCAGCAUGAUAUCUAGCAUUUUACUCACACAUAACCACAACCAAUGUAUUUGCACUCUCAUUAUUGCUUACAGUAUUUUUGUUUUGCCAAUCAUUUCUCAUGUUCACAUUUAGACCAAAAAAAACCAAUAAUGUCUAUAAUUAUGUAUUUUUAAUAAACUGUGUUUUAAACAAA